UGUCGCACUGACUCAAGCUGUCAUCGAUUCGGUCCUUCACUUUCAAAAAUUCUUUCAGUAAUUUGAAUCGACUUUUACGACUUUGAAUUCGAAUGAAUUGAAAUUUAUAUUUUUGUUGUUACAUGAUUUGUUUUAACUAGCAAAAAUGUUUUCUGCAUUAAAGAAAUUAACAAGAAGCGGAGAUGAUCGAUGCACAGCUCCAAUGCCAAUGUCGUCGUCUUUGCAGAAAAAGUUUUCUAGAGGCGUACAUUUCAAUAUGAAGAUAUUAAUCAAAGGAGACAGAAAUGUUGGCAAGUCAUGUCUGUUACAGCGUCUACAAGGAGGAGCAUUUACUGAGGAGUAUGUGCCCACUGAACAAAUACAAGUUGCACCAAUACAUUGGGCAUACAAAAACACAGAUUUUAUUGUGAAAGUAGAAGUAUGGGAGGUAGUAGACAAAGGCCGCACAAAAAAGAAGCCACUUCAUGGAUUAAAACUAGAAAAUCAGUCAGCACCUACAGUGCCUGAGGAGGAAUCUGAAAUUCCAGUUUUAGAUGCAACAUUUUUAGAUGUAUAUAAAAAUGCGACUGGUGUCAUUCUGAUGAUGGAUAUUACUAAGCCAUGGACUUUUGAGUAUGUAGUGAAAGAAUUGAGUCAUAUCCCAGCUGACCUGCCAGUGGUGAUCCUAGGCAACCACUGUGACAUGCAACACCAUAGGCAGGUGCACUCGCACCACAUUGAUCAGGCCUUAUAUCAUGCUAGGACUACUAGGACAGCCCCAAUCCGUUAUGCAGAAUCUUCCAUGAGGAAUGGAUUUGGUUUGAGAUUACUACACAAGUUUCUCAGUGUCCCAUUCCUAAGACUACAAAAAAGUAGUUUGUUGGAACAACUGCAAAGAAACCAAAUAGAUAUGGAGGAGAUCGAAAAGGAACUUGAUGAUUUUCAGAGUUCAGAGGAGUCUCAAUACAACCUGUUUGUGGACCGCUUGGCCAACAAGCGCCGCCAAAGCGCGGAGCCGGAGCCGCGCCUCAACACCGACCGCGCGCCGAGCAUCGUGCUAGGCGCCGGCAAGCCUAUCAUACCGCCCAAUGUUAACCCACUCCUAGCACAGUCUCUGAACCCUGGUUCCGUCAAACCCCAAAAUAUUGAAUAUUCUCAAGUAAAACAAACUCAGUAUGUGAGCCCUGACUUAAUAAAGACUAAACCGCCGGUCAGUAUGGAAAUGACGCCUUCGAAACUACCACAAGACAGCAUUCCAAGCACGCCAUCUGGGACUAACGUGUCAGUGUCAGGCUCUUCAGGCGCCUUGGACGAGUUUUAUGCGGGUACUCUCGACAGCAGCUUCUUGGAAGACCUCGGUCCAAUACCCAAUACCAAUCAGGAGAUGAACAGCUAUGAGAGUGAUAGUGACGAAGAUACAAUGAAUCCUAAAGUGAUAGUGGACGAAGAUGACCUCGAUGUAGAUGGCAGCCCACCGUGUAGACCUACCACAGAGGGGCUAGGGGCAGAGGUCACACGGUCAAAAGACGAUACACUAUCAAACAUGUUCACAAAGCAAGCAGCAAUAAGCAAGGACCUUGAAGAGUGUAGUGACGGUUUAUCUAUACUGCAUAGUGAUCAAAAUAUUCACAUACACUCCGAUUAUCCACUUUGGGCUGGAGAUUCUAGCAUUAGGAGAUCUCCAGAAGGUGGUGAAGAUCCUGACAAUGCUAAGGAACCUGAUACAAAGGUAGAAAAGAAACAGAAAAAGAAGAAAUCUAAAGAUAAGGACAAAGGUGAUUAUAGUGACAAAUCAGAUAGGACGGAGAAGAAGCACAAGCAUAAAAAGUCCAAAGGCGAAAAGCGACCGAAUCCUCAACAAGAUUUACUUGCACCAUCUGUUGCGACCGAAUUCAACUAUGAAGAAUAUGACAGUAUUUAGUGAUUAUUAAUUAAACGAUGCAUAAUAUGAAUAAUAAACUUAGGACAACGGAAAUAUUAUCUUUAGUGAGGUGACGUGGUUAAAAGCUCCUUGUUCCCGUUACGGAAAUCCGGCCGACUGGGACAACAUGCAUACAAGAUUUUCAUCCAUCGUUGUUGCCUUUAAAUCUGUUGGCCCAGAACAAAAUCUGAUUGCCAAGAAUCCUCGCAGUCUUGCCUAUGCUACUCACUUGUAAAGAGGCCUAAAGCUUGCAAGGACAUCCUAAAUGAAACAGUGUGAUACCUGAAUGGAGUGAAGAGGGGAGGUGGUAAGUGACAUAGUAAAACAAAGGUAGAGUAGGUGAAGCUGAGUGAAGGGACGACGAAGCGAGUCGAGACGGGGCUUAGAAGAUUUCGACCUCCCUAAGAAAAAUCAAAACGGGCAUAACUAUUUUUAAUUUUAUUUCACUAAGUAUAUCAAACGAGGACAGAGUACAAGGACAACAGGAAGAAUUUUGAAUUAUUUGAUUCAAGUGGCGCCGUCCCCUUCAAACGAACACAGCUAACAGGGAUAACGGGCAUACAUUCCUUUUAAUAAUAUUAAUGAUACCUACUUUUAAGGUUCAAGAGCGGCUGCGGUGCAACCCUUUGUUCUCUGUAAUUAGUAAUAAUUGUGUAAGUAAUUCUGGUGAUCAGUUCUGUUGACAGAACUACUGGGAAUUUUUUCUCUUUGUAAAUAAUAUAAAAAAGCACUUCCUACUUUGUCGUGCACACUUGACCCACAUAUGUAAGGUACGUUUAUGCUAGAUGACGUUUUCUAAGAUUCUGACAUACUGCCGUCGUCGGAUCUAGGAACAUACCGGUCUUGCAUGAAUUAUGCGAACAUCUAGACAGCAGAUCGAUUGUAAAAUGCAAGCAUACGAUUUGUAUUAGGGGAUAGUUUUUCAAAUAAAACAGUGUCAACCUAGAUGUCAUAUUAUGCGUUGCGUACAUGCGUUUAUCUUUGCCUUUGUUCCACUUUAUGAUGCCCGAAACUUCAUCGGUCAAACGUUCACAUGGGUAGCGAGACUAGUCUACUGACUUGUCUAUCAGCAUGCUAUAGAAAGACUGCUCGAAAUUUUGAGGGAUAACGUGACCGAAACGACAAGAUUCGCCGAAGCCAAAAAACUAAGUCACAGACAGCUCUCAAGGCUAGCAAUGGGCUGGUAAUGUGUGUCGGGCAACCGAUGUAUGUUGGAGUGCUUUUGUUUGGAGCCUUUUGUGGGCUGCCUUCUCCAGGAGGUUUCUCCAUCAAUCUGUCGUUUGCGUUUGGUUUCUAAUGAUAACCUUGCAUCUAAACCUACCCUCGGUAAAAACAAGUCUUGAUGAGGUCUGAGAAAGAUUGCAUACUUGCAAUUUAGUUGUGCUUCAUCAUCUGCAUCAAGCUAAUGAACUUACUACUUGUUAACUUACUGUUUGUCACUUACGAAUUAAUAUCAUUCGUAAGUAACAACUAGACAAUUCACCUGUAAGUUUGUUUUCCAAGAGAAAGAUAAAAAUAUUAUUGUAAGAUAAUUAUAGCAUUAGAAUAAUAUUAUAACUAUUGUAUAUUGAUGUGCAUAUGAAAUUUUAAAAAGCUUGUUAU